CCCCUUCUUUUCCUCUUCUCCCUCCCCUGCUUUCACACAAAACCAAAACUCCUCUCCUCGUCGUCGUCGUCUCACAAUCAACAAAAAUGGAGCGAAAGAGAACCCUCACCAUGAACUGGGACGGCCUCAACGAUGAUGACGACGACCGUUUCUUCGAGACCUUCGACCGCCUCUCCUCCGCCGUCCCCCUCGACUUGGCUUCCUCCGGUUCUGACGAAGAUGAAGACUUCGACGACAGCCGCAUGUCAUUCGCCUCCGCCGUCUCUUCUGUUCAUACAAAUGAGUUUCGCAACAUCGCAGCAGCAGCGGCAAUGUCUCCGGACUAUAAUGUCUGGAUGGCCGCCCCCGGAUCCAUAAAAGAGCGCCGAAAACGCCUCCUCCAAGGCAUGGGCUUAACUGGCGAUAAGGAAUUGAUCAAAAUCGCCAGCUCCGUCGACCUCAAGCGAGCCGUCACAUCCGUCAAAGAUCACGACCGUAAGGUUGAGAAUCACACACCGUCGCCCAAAAAACAGGAAAUUUCGCAUUCUCCGUUUCCGGUAAUGCUGGUACGGUCGAGAUCUGACAGUGAAAUAGAAUCUUUCUCGGUUGAAAAAUUGAGAAAAGAAGAGUUAGUGGGUAAGGUUUCGAAACAACAAUUGACCAGAACGUCGUCUAUGAUUAUAGUGCCGCAUGCUCGGAUAAACCCGUACCAGGAGUCGGUGAGAGUUUCACCAAAAGAGCCAAAGAUCGGCCUUUCGAACAGCCACAACGGUGCAUUGACGUCGAUUUUGUCGGACAGUCGAUUCGGUGCCUUUUUCUUGAUCAAGAACUUGGACACCGGCAAAGAGUUUAUCGUUAAUGGGUACGACCAGGAUGGUAUGUGGAACAAACUGAGCGACCUGCAAACAGGGAAGCAACUCACCAUGGAAGAAUUCGAGAAGUGUGUUGGGCAUUCGCCGGUGGUUAAGGAGCUGAUGAGAAGAGAGAAUGUUUCCAGAAUGAACGAUGUCGACGGGGGCCAUGAUCGGAAGUUCUUGAGUUCGAAUUCGUAUUUCUCAAAGUCUCUCAGGAUGAGCAAGAGAGGAGGCGCAGCAUUAGUGAAGAGCUUAAAGGGUGUGGCGAAUUCAAUGUCUUUGAAAGUUGAGAAGGAGAAGGACAACCAAAUUCCUCCACUGCCGCCUGAGCAGAAAUCUAACAAGAACUCUUCCUCGGAAUGGAUUAAAGUCAGACAAACAGGGAAAUCAUACAAAGAGCUGAGUGCUUUGCAUUUGUGUCAAGAAAUUCAGGCUCACCAGGGUUCUAUUUGGACAAUAAAGUUCAGUUUGGACAGUCGGUUUCUUGCGAGCGCUGGUGAAGACAAGGUUAUUCAUGUUUGGGAAGUGCAGGAAUGCGAGGUGAUGGCUCUGAGUGAAGGGAAUUUGACCCCUCUUCAUCCAUCUCUCUGUGGCUCACCGGACCGGCCAGCUUUAGCGGAGCUGUCGCCAAUGCCGUCUGAGAGGAAGAAAAAAGGGAGAGGUUCCUCUGCAAGGAAAGGCAAUAGUAUUCCUGAAUAUGUGCAUGUCCCCGAAACCGUAUUUCAGUUCUCGGAGAGACCAAUCUGUUCAUUCGAAGGACAUCUCGAUGAUGUCUUGGAUUUGUCCUGGUCAAGAUCUCAGCUACUGCUUUCAUCUUCGAUGGACAAAACAGUGAGGUUGUGGGAUUUGGAAAGCAAGAGCUGUCUCAAGUUGUUUGCCCACAAUGAUUAUGUGACCUGCAUUCAUUUCAAUCCAAUGGAUGACAAUUACUUUAUAAGUGGUUCGCUUGAUGCAAAAGUUCGAAUAUGGAGCAUACCUGAUCGACAAGUUGUUGACUGGAGUGAUCUUCAUGAAAUGGUCACUGCUGCUUGCUAUACCCCUGAUGGCCAGAAUGCCCUGAUUGGUUCGCACAAGGGGACUUGUCGCAUGUACAGUGCAGAGGAUUGCAAACUAGAGCAACAACAUCAGGUUGAUAUACGGACCAAGAAGAAGUCUAACACAAAAAAGAUUACUGGUUUCCAGUUUUCCCCAAUGAAUCCAUCCGAAGCGCUUGUGACAUCUGCUGAUUCCCGAAUUCGAAUACUCGACGGAACAGACAUUGUUCACAAGUUCAGAGGUCUCCGGAACACAAAUAGCCAAAUUGCAGCUUCUUUCAGUUUAGACGGAAAAUAUGUCGUGUCUGCGAGUGAAGAUUCUCAUGUCUACGUUUGGAAACGCGAAGAGCAGCGAAACUCAGACACUGGAAGAAGCAAGAGUGUGAUAACUACCAGUUCUCAUGAGCAAUUUCAAUGUAGAGAUGUUUCGGCGGCAAUACCAUGGCCUGGGGUCCCCAAAGGUGAGCCUCCACCAGUGCAUGUGCAUUCCAAAAGACACUCCAAACGCAUUAUCCCCUCGCAGUCUCCUUCUGCCAGUGGAUCACCAACAAAAGAGGACAACACUUUGGCUGCUGCAAACUGCCACAAGAGACAACUGCCACCACUUCCAAAGAAGAAUAACAAUAACACUAACAAUAGCAACAGCAACAGCAAUAACAAUAACAUAGAAAGUGCUGCUUCUUCUCCAGAAGACGAGCCCGCACAAGUUUCCAGAUCAGAUUCCGGGAUUGGAGACUCAUUCAGUUCAAAUUCUUCCUCAAUAAGGUAUGGUGACUCACCUUCUAUAUCUGGCGCUGCAACUACAUUUUCAUCUUGGUCUUCCUCCUGGUCUUGGUUUGAUGGAGGUAAUCAUUCAAGCAAUACUGUACAAGCAACAGCUUGGGGGUUGGUGAUUGUGACAGCAACACUGGGAGGUGAAAUUAGGGCUUAUCAGAACUUCGGGUUGCCACGGAGGAUCAGCCGCCAAGCCCACUUGUUCAUGAGUGGUUCUGGAUUAGUAAAUAGAGGGGCAUAAUACAUUUUGCAAGGCCAGAAAAAUAGAGUUAGUAGGAGUUGAGCCAGACGGGAAGCAGUUAUUUUAUGUUGUCAAUGCCAAAGUUUGCUCAUCCAUUUUUUUAUACCAUUGACCAUAGCUCAUCUAUUUCAUUUACACAUAUUUGAAUCCUAUACACUUGGAAAAGCAUAGGUGUUCGUGACACUUCUUACCAGGACAUUGGGACUCUAUGCUAACAUUUUACAGGUGAGAAAAACCUUUCUGAGUUGGUUUUGUUACUGCUUCCAAAAGCACAGGAUUAAUCAAAUGCUUUUCACUAAAGCAUAUGAGAGAACAGGACAACCGAAUAAGAAAAAAGGGGAUCUCUAUCCAAUAAGAAAACAUGAGAUUAACACCAACAACACUACAAACUUAGGUCUCACCAUCUUAAAUUUUCGCUAUCAAGCACCUAAACAUGUGAACAAGAAACUCGAACCUGCAAAUUCUACCUUCGUUUUAAUCUCCAAAGUUCGCAAAAUAUCACAGUACCUCUGGAGAGAGAUUCGUACUACAAGACAAAGAAGCUUCGAGAAUGUGAAACUUCAUGUCCUUUCUAGCAAGAUGAGACUACCAUCUUUGACCUAUGGAAGAUGCAAUCACAAAUGGACUACCAUGAAAAUUCCUAAUUUUAAAGAGCUGUUUCAAAUUUUGCAUUUGAUUGGGACCGAGGAGUUGGGGGCCGAAGGAGCUAACUCCAAUGCCCUGUGGUUAACAAAUUUGACGUUUUUGGUUUUGUGGACCCAUCUUCACAGAAUUCAAUUUGUUUCCAAGGCUAUUCAAAAUUGGGAUUCUAUUUCUGCUCUUGUAAUAAGAGUUGAAACUCUGCGAUUCAGUUAGAUUAGCAGGUUCGCUGUUCUCAAUCUUCUAUUGGAUCAAAGAACAGAAUUCAACAUAAAAAUCAAUUUAGAGAUAAAUCCUUUUUUCAUCCAACUAUAAAAGCAAAUACUUUCAAAAGUGUAUGUGAACACGACCCAAUCUUGUAGCUUAAAGUAGUGAGAGCUGGGUCAUCAUCCAUCAAUGAAGGAAACUGUUUCUGUGCUUUCUACCAUAUAAAUUAGUUGCAGAACGUCCUGCCUAAUUAACUCCACAUGCCAAAAUCAAACCCAAAAAAAUAAAAGAAAAAAGAAAAGCAAAGCAAACUAGGAGUAUAUAGGCAUGCCACCAAACAUGGAAACUCAAUAAUGGGUGGUAAUGAUCUCAACCAAAAAGUCUCUUCUUCUUGGUGAAAUCAGUUAUCAUCCCAUGAAAAAAUAACAGAAAAAACUGUCAUAUCUACGCAUUCACUACAUGGUUCUUCCAGAAUAUAUACCCUACUCGCAGUGUCCUAAAACAGUAAAGAUGCAUUUCAUUUUCGUCGAAAUAUUUCUACUUGGAAGGUCUUAAUUACGACAGACUGGAAUUCCAGCAUGAUUCAAGUGUACAAGAUACCUUAAUAAUAUAAAUCGCAAAUUUACCAGUAUUGA